CCCAGACUUUUCUCCUCAGCCACGCUGAGAGGGCGACUUUGAGGAGGCCACAGGCCCAGCAACACCAGCAUGGCUGCAGCUGCCUCUGUGACCAGCCUGGCAGAUGAGGUCAACUGUCCCAUCUGCCAAGGCACCCUGAGGGAGCCGGUCACCAUCGACUGUGGCCACAACUUCUGCCGUGGCUGCCUCACUCGCUACUGUGAGAUUCCGGGUCCAGACCCUGAGGAGUCCCCCACCUGCCCACUCUGCAAGGAGCCCUUCCGCCCUGGUAGCUUCCGGCCCAACUGGCAGCUGGCCAAUGUGGUGGAGAACAUUGAGCGCCUCCAGCUGGUGUCCACACUGGGCUCGGAGGAGGAGGAUGUCUGCCAGGAGCACCGAGAGAAGAUCUACUUCUUUUGUGAGGAUGACGAGAUGCAGUUGUGCGUGGUGUGCCGUGAGGCUGGGGAGCACGAGGCCCACACCAUGCGCUUCCUGGAAGAUGCGGCAGCUCCUUAUAGGGAACAAAUACAAAAAUGUCUUAAGUGUCUAAGAAAAGAGAGAGAAGAAAUUCAAGAAAUUCAGUCAAGAGAAAAUAAAAGAAUACAAGUCCUCCUGACUCAGGUGUCUACCAAGAGACAACAGGUGAUUUCUGAGUUUUCACAUCUGAGCAAGUUCCUAGAGGAACAGCAGAGCAUCCUCUUGGCACAAUUGGAGAGUCUGGAUGGGGACAUCUUGAAACAACAGGAUGAAUUUGAUUUCCUGGUCACUGGAGAGAUCUGCCGUUUUAGCACUCUGAUUGAAGAACUGGAAGAGAAAAAUGAGAGGCCAGCAAGGGAGCUCUUGACGGACAUCAGAAGCACUUUAAUAAGAUGUGAAACCAGAAAGUGCCGGAAACCAGAGGCUGUGGCCCCUGAGUUGGGCCAGAGGAUCCGGGACUUCCCCCAGCAGGCCCUCCCGCUGCAGAGGGAGAUGAAGAUAUUUUUGGAAAAACUCCGCUUAGAGUUGGGCUAUGAGCCAGCUCACAUCUCUCUAGACCCCCAGACUUCCCACCCCAAGCUCCUCUUGUCUGAUGACCACCAGAGGGCUCGAUUCUCCUACAAAUGGCAGAACUCGCCAGACAAUCCCCAGCGUUUUGACCGGGCCACUUGUGUCCUGGCUCACGGUGGUUUCACAGGAGGAAGACAUACAUGGGUAGUGAGUGUAGAUCUGGCUCAUGGGGGCAGCUGCACCGUGGGUGUGGUGAGUGAGGAUGUGCGGCGGAAGGGGGAGCUUCGGCUGCGGCCAGAUGAGGGGGUGUGGGCGGUGAGGCUGGCCUGGGGCUUCGUCUCAGCUCUGGGUUCCUUUCCCACACGGCUGGCCCUGGAGGAGCAGCCACGGCAGGUGCGGGUGUCUCUUGACUAUGAGGUAGGCUGGGUUACCUUCACUAACGCUGUCACUCGUGAGCCCCUCCAUACCUUCACUGCCUCUUUCACUCGGAAGGUCUUUCCCUUCUUUGGGCUCUGGGGCCGAGGGUCCAGUUUCUCCCUGAGCUCCUGAGAGGGUGUGGUUACUCUUCUCUAAGUAAGGACUCAAAUCAAGUACUAUGUGAACUUGACCCCUGGCUGGGUAACCUGGAAGACUUGCAAUAGAAAUGACUGCUUUAGACGAUGAGAUGGGACUGGUUGGUGAGGAACAAGGGAUGUGACCUUCAAUUUGCUGAUCAAGACAUUUCCCAGUUCCCAGUGGAUACCUGGGAACUCAGGCUGCUGCCCUGCCAGCUCUCCUCACCACCAUCCUCAUCAGGCACAGAAGUAGCUAUAUAGUAGAAAGGGUCCUGAAUUUAGAGCUGGAAGAUCUGAGUUCUAGAACUAGCCUUGUUACCAACCAAUUGUAUGACUCUAAGUAAGGCACCUCACCUCUCUUCAUCUUGCUUUCUUCCCAAAAUAUUAGAGUUCGUUUACUCUCAUCAUCAAGAAACACUUAUUAUGUGCUAACUAUUGACCAAGCAGUGUGGUAGCACUGGUGAUUUGAAAAUAAAACAAACAAAUAAAAACACCUGUCCUGUAUCUGAAGGAGCUC